UCACUCAGUAAUCUUUUUGUGAUUGAAGAAGCAAGGGAUCACAUUCACGGAAGUCAAACAAUCGACAAGUUGCUGUUUACCUAGCUGACGACCGUAACAGCUGGCCAUCAUGCUUGGGGGAGGAUUCAAAGCAGAAAGACUCCGGGUCAAUCUCAGACUGGUGAUCAAUCGCCUGAAGCUCAUGGAGAAAAAGAAAACUGAGCUAGCUCAGAAGGCGCGGAAGGAGAUUGCAGACUAUCUGUCAACAGGGAAGGAUGAGCGAGCAAGGAUCCGUGUGGAGCACAUCAUCAGAGAGGACUACUUGGUAGAGGCCAUGGAGAUCCUAGAACUGUACUGUGACCUGCUGCUGGCUCGCUUUGGCCUCAUCCAGUCCAUGAAGGAGCUGGACCCUGGUCUGCAGGAGGCUGUGUCCACGCUCAUCUGGGCAGCCCCACGUCUGCAGUCUGAGGUCAACGAGCUCAAAAUUGUGUCUGACCAGUUGUGUGCCAAAUACAGCAAGGAGUAUGGCAAGCUCUGUAGGACAAACCAAAUCGGGACUGUCAAUGAUAGGCUCAUGCAUAAACUGAGUGUAGAGGCUCCUCCUAAGAUCCUGGUGGAGCGCUACCUCAUUGAGAUUGCCAAGAACUACAACGUGCCCUAUGAGUCAGACGCCAUGGUCAGACCAGAGGUGUGUACAGGCGAGGAGGCUGACCUCAUCGACGUGGACUCUGACUUCAAGAAGCCAGGCGGUGGAGGAGGUGGUGGAGGCGGCUUCACCGCUGGAGCCAUGCCCAUGGGCCCCCCAUCAGCGUUCAGCUACCCAACACCCAAAGGAGCAAUGCCCGGCCCCAUAGGGUUCAACGGCCCCUCUGUUGGCACCUAUGAUGCCUUUAACAACUUCCAGCCUCCAAUGAGAGGAGGGCAGCCCCCUGAGCUGCCGAGCUGCCCCCCCACCUACGAGUCUAUUGAUGAGCUGUCUAUUAAACCUUCUGGUCCAUCCCAGGUCUCUGGCCCCGGGCCUUCAUCCCAGAUCUACGAUAACAACGCCCUCCCUGAGCUGCCCUCAGUUCCCGACACGCUUCCCACUUCCUCCUUUGGAGUUGGACGGAACACUGCGAGCUCUGAUGACAUCGACUUUGAUGACCUGUCACGACGCUUUGAGGAUCUGAAGAAGAAGACCUAGUCCUCCAGUAUCCCAUCAUGCUCCUCUGUGUUGUCAGUCACCGCAGCUACAGUAUCAGGAAAUAUUGAAAUAUUUGUAUUGGCACCCUUUGCAGUGAAACUCUCCACUGUGUAGUUUUUACUGAUGUUAACAUUAACUGUACCUCAUUCAACCACGUGUCUGUCUGGCACACUGAAGGUGAAGGCCCUUUAGAGGGCUAUUUGACAGUACAUUUUAUUAUCGACUACAUCCAAUCAAAACUGGACCGUAUAGAUGUCAUCUUUAUAUGAGCACUUUGGAUAUAAAAUGGCCUUCCUGAUAGUAACUACUAUUCUAUGUAACCUCUCGAGCGUUCUUGUUGCUAUGGUUGUCACGUAUCCCCUUGACUCACAGUAUGAGCCAAUAUUUGGUUAAUAAUCAAAUAGUCUUAACUAAUCGUGUCUCUCGUCCAGAGACUGGAUCGAGUGAUACAGAAUCUCAAUCGUUACUUGUUGGUGAGUUUCAUGAAACUGGUUUUGAACUGUCACUGAAUCGCAUAGUAGAAAAACCUGUUUUCUGGCACACACCCAUUGUGUCGAAAGUAUUAAGGCCUAGGACAGUUUCAAGGCCGUAGCACCCUGUCCAUGUCGGGUUUUACCCUCAUUACUCUGGCUCUGAACCUUUGGUGACGUCUGAAACCUGUUCUAUGACCUAUCUGUUACCCUACAUGCGGUGGAGGGAUUCAAUCAGACUUGAAAUAAUUUGGUGUAUUUUUUCUCCUAAUAAAAUUAACUUUUAUUGUUUUAAAGCUGAUUUAGUCUAACACUAUACAUGCACUUUCCAUGCUUGUGUAAUCUAACCCAUGCAAUGAAUUGGCGAAGGGAAUGCAUGAUUUGACUGGUGACAGAAAUGAUAGUCUAUAUGAAAAACCACUUGACCAUGUAAGUUUGUGAUGUAAAUACGUCCCUCAAAAUGUCAUGGGUUCUUCUUCCUCUUUGUGUAAGAGAGGUUUAUAGUGUGAUUCAGUAUGUUAUCUAUGUAUGUGUAUCGUGUGCACCACACUGCAUUGACCAUCAUCAGAGGCCUUCCCGUUCUAUAAGUAUAUUCAGACGAUGUACACAUAACAUGCCUAUUUCUCAAUUUAUAUAGUCUUUGUUAAAAUUAGUUCAAGGUUUUUUUAAUUUGAUGAAAAUGUAUUGAAUCUUGGUGAUGGAAGAAGACGUUUUGAUAAACGAGAGAAAGGGGGUGGAUUUGCUGUUCCUGUCUUAUAGCUUGUUUUCACCAAUCUAUAAUGGAUGGAAGUUAGGCCUGUCUACUCCACCAUACUAAAAUAUGGCUUUAACACUACUGUACAGUGACCUGCUCACUGCUCAUCCUCUUAGGUGUGCUGUAGGAUUGUUUGAAGAAUGUUUGAUACUAACUUUGAUUAGCAAGUGUAUAUCUUGUCACAUAAAACAGAUAAUAGCCUAUGUUUUUUUCUGUCUAAUAAAGGACAUAUUUCUAAUUGAA